GAGUACAGCAGCCGAUGGAAGUCUAUCCGAAUCAUGUACUUUACAAUGUUCCUUAGUAGUGUUGGUUUCUCUAUUGUAAUAACCUCAAUAUGGCCCUAUCUACAAAAGGUCUUCCUUUCAUCUUCAGGUCUGUUGACUGUUUUUCAGGUGAAUGUCUUGCUGGGUCAGAUAUGCUAUUAAAAAGGGGGCCAGCUUAACAUUUAAGAUUGUAGCUCCAACAGGCCAUGCUGCAUUUAAAUGGUCUGUUUUGUCCCCACGAUGAAUGGCAGCCUCAAAGAAAAAAAAAAUCAGUUGUCAGUGUUUGAGAUUCCUCUAGAAGUAUCAGUAUUUCUGCUUUAGUUUGACCUAAAAUGUUAUUUGAUAAUGCUGUUAUCAGAUCAAUGAAUAGAUGGAUAAGCAGAUUAUCCAUAUUUUAGCUGUUAUUGGCUAAAUGCCAUAUAUGGUUAUUCUAUAUGAAAUCAAUGGAGUCCUUCUUACUGGCCAUGCUGGAUUUGCUUCUUACUGUAAGUAAAUAAUGUCAUUGUACCCAAGAACUCGAGCACCACAUUUUUGGUAUGUAUCUUCUUUAGUUUCUGAGAUAUGGAGACUAAAAUGGGGACGAACCUUUUCUAAAAUCUGUUCAGUUGACAAUGCCCAAAUUAGUUAGACAUUUCAAUGAGUGCUUCUCCUUUUCACACAUUGGUUUUGAAGUCUUUUGUCCCAUUUAUUUCCUGGCCUUAAAUUUUUCCCCCCUUCAGUGUCAUCCAGUCGUGCUGUUUAGGGCGAGAUUUACUCAUGUUAUGCUUCCCAACCUUUGUCCUCGUACCCUGACAUGCUGCCGUACGAGUGGCUCAGAAUGGAGCAGAAAGAUAUUGCACGCCUGGCCUCAUUCGUUGCCUCUGUUAUACCACCAAAAACGUCUGUGAGAGAACCGUUUUCAGAACUUCUUCAAAGUGCAUACAGGUAGAUGACAGUGCUAAUGCCAGUUUCCUGGGCUGGGUGGUUGCUGCUUACAGCCUUGGCCAGAUGGUGGCAUCGCCCAUCUUUGGCUGGUGGUCGAAUAGAAGGCCCCGGAAAGAGCCUCUGGUGUGCUCCAUACUCAUCAAUGUGGCCGCCAACCUUCUGUAUGCCUACGUGCACUUAUUCCAUUCCAACAGGAAGUACUACAUGCUUACUUCCCGGGUCCUCGUCGGCUUUGGUGCAGGAAACGUGGCUGUUGUUAGAUCCUACGUAGCCGGAGCCACGUCCCUGAAGGAGAGGACGAGCGCCAUGGCCAACAUGAGCGCCUGCCAGGCCCUGGGCUUUAUUCUAGGCCCAGCCCUUCAGGCCGCUUUGUCCUUCAUUGGAGAAGCCGGUGUGUGCUUUAGGCCCAUCGACCUGCAGCUGAACAUGUACACGACUCCUGCUCUGCUGGCUGCCUUUUUCGGGGUCAUCAAUAUUCUAUGUGUCAUCCUCAUUCUGAGGGAGCACAGUGUGGACGACGAGGGACGACAGAUCAGCGCCAUCAACUACACCUCAGAAGAGAGAGUGGAUCUGGUGAAUGAAGAAGGGAGCAUCGACCAAAUCGCCGUGGUGACCUCAAACAUCCUCUUCUUCAUCAUUCUGUUCGUCUUUGCUGUUUUUGAGACGAUCGCCACACCUUUGUCCAUGGACAUGUUUGCCUGGACCAGGAAACAGGCUGUACUCUACAACGGCAUCAUCCUGGCCUGCACUGGCUUUGAGUCCAUCUUGGUGUUUCUGUUAGUCAAGAUCAUAUCUGUGAGGAUUGGAGAGCGGCCAGUGCUGCUGGGUGGAUUAAUCAUAAUAUUCUGUGGGUUCUUCAUCUUGCUACCCUGGGGAGACGAGUACCCCAAGAUCCAGUGGUCAGACCUCCAGAACAGCUCCUCCCACCAGGGUCUCCCCACUCUGAGGAGAGUCUCUAACUCAUCCGAGGAUCCAAUAGGCUGCCCCCCUGAACAGACUUGGUGCCAGUUCACCCCUGCCAUCCAGCUGGCACAAUACAUCGUAUCCGAUAUCCUCAUCGGGGUGGGCUAUCCCGCCUGCAACGUCAUGUCCUACAUCCUCUACUCCAAGAUACUCGGCCCAAAGCCCCAGGGCGUCUACAUGGGCUGGCUCACUGCCUCAGGAAGCGGAGCCAGGACACUGGGCCCUGUGUUUGUGUCCCAGUUCUACACCAACCUGGGCCCGCGCUGGGCCUUCAGCCUCAUCUGCGGUAUCAUGCUGGCAGCCAUGCUGCUCCUGCUGUGCACCUACCGCCGCCUCAUCGCCUUCUCCCUGCGCUACGGGAGGAUGCGGGAAUAGCCACGCCCCCACGGCAUCCCCAUCCCAGAGGCUGCUAACGGACCGGCACCUUCCAGGACUGGGGGAUGCUCACCGGGACGCUGAAUGUCACGCGAUGAGUUUGAAUAACGACCACUAACUUUGCUGCCAGAUUCCUGAUUCCGCCUCAUCUCCGGUAAAUUUGGGAAAAAUCUCAACGUCAAAUAUUUGACACGACAUAUCUGAUGGUGCUGAUGGAUCUCGUUUGAUUCUGUAAAUGUUUGGUAUAGUAGGUUCUAUAGGACCGGUGACAGUGUGAUUGCCUCUAUGAAGCUAGCUGAUGAUCAGUAUCUGAUAAGGGGAGCCAUCUUCACGGUUUAUACUGUGGGUGACCCAGAGGACUGGGAUCCCUGAUGGUUUCUCUUGCUUACCUUUGCCUGGUGAUUUCACAUUCAAAACCUGAACUAAUGUAACAUUGCACUAAGUAUUAAUGGGAGCCUCUUCAGUAAAUACAGUACUGUGCAAAAGUCUUAGGCAGCCAAAGAAAGUGACAUUUAAAUUAUCUUUAUGUUCAUGUAAAACCAUGCUAUUAUGCCUGUCAGAAUGUGUAAGCUUAGCCAUUCCAAAGCCUCACCUAAAUUACCCAAUUAUUUCCAACACCUAUCGAGUACACCUCAUAUAGCUAAUCAAUAUCUCAUUGAUAUUAUAUAUAUAUAUAUAUAUAUAAUCUUAAUUUGCAUAUGUUCUAGUGUUUAAUUGUGUUUGUUCUGAGAAAAAGUGCACUUACUGGCCAGAUAAACCGCUUUAAACAUUUCUUUUGACUUUUGCACACUACUGUAUAACCAGUAAUACAACUAUUACAAUAGUUUAACCACUGCAGGACUGGUUCUACUUUUUCAGGGGCUCUAGGAAAGGCUUGGGGGGACCCCCCUGCUGAGAGAACUUCCCUCCUGAUGCAGGUCAUUUGGGGGCCCUGGGAACCUCUCUGUUCUGCCUGUACAGAGUUGGCCCAGGCAAACUAAAUGUAUGACAUUGACACAUGAAUUGACAAAGUAUAUUUUAAACUGAUAUUUUGAAGAAAAAAAAUUCUGCUGCUUUUGUGUUUAAAAUUAAUAUAAAAUUCAUCAAAAUCUUU